AUGACUGACCCAACAUUGAGCCCUACCACACCAGCAAGUCGUAGGCCUUCUGAUGGGGCCUCCGUGAAGCUGGACAGGAGCUCCUCUCCUAAGAACGCAUCUUCUCCCAAGCAAGAACAACAGGAUAAGAAGAAGGCUGCUGGGGAGAGUUUCGUACGUAGAAUGAUGAGAAUGUUCGAAAACUGGCCCGAGAAGCAGCAGGCAGUGCCCCUGGUCACAACCUUCCAGGCCCUGGUCGCUGGUGAGGUCAGUGAUGAUGCCCUCGAACAGAAGACUUUAGCUAUGCAUCAAUGGUUGUUGGGUGGUGAACUGCCCGAAACAAUUAUGGUGAUCUUUGGAGGUGAUAAGGAUAAGCGUUCGUUGUGGAUAUUAAGUGAUAAGAAGAAGGCGGAUAUUCUCGAGAAGCUUCUCACUGGAGUUCCCCUAGGAGAUAA